AUGGGCUCUAAGUACCCGCAAUCUGUCAGAGGCUGCCUGCCACUGUGGACCUUAGCACUAGAGGAGGCUCUCAUUCUCAUCUUCUUCUUUUUCACAUCUUAUGAUACAUCCUCAAAAGAUCCGAAGUUCUUGGGGACUUAUGCAGUCUUCCAGAAUAUUACCGUCAUGGCAGCCCUUGGCUUGGGCUUCCUCACCUCAUCUUUGCGGAGAUUUGGCUGGAGCAGUGUGGCCUUCAACCUCUUCAUGCUGGCCCUCGGGGUGCAAUGGGCAGUCCUUCUCGAUGGCUUCCUGAACCAGUCCUUCAGUGGCAAGGUGGUCAUCAAACUGUCCAGUAUUCAACUGGCCACCAUGAGCGCCAUGUCUGUGCUGAUCUCAGUGGGUGCUGUCCUGGGGAAAGUCAACUUAGCGCAGCUGGUGGUGAUGACUUUGGUGGAAGUGACAGCCUUCGGCACCAUGAGGAUGGUCAGCAAGCAAGUCCUCGAUAUGAACAAUCACAUGAGCAUGAUGCACAUCCAUGUGUUUGCAGCCUAUUUUGGGCUGACUGUGGCCUGGUGCCUCUCAAAGCCUCUGUCCAAGGAAGCAGAAGAGAAAGAUCAGACAGCAACGAACUCCAGUUUGUUUGCCAUGUUAGGCACCCUCUUCCUGUGGAUGUUCUGGCCAAGUUUCAACUCUGCGCUGCUGGACAUUCCAAAAGAAAGGAACAACGCCGUGUUCAACACCCACUAUGCUCUUGCGGUCAGUGCAGUGACAGCCAUCUCGGUGUCGGCCUUGGCUCACCCCCGAGGAAAGAUCAACAUGGUUCAUAUCCACAAUGCUGUACUGGCAGGAGGUGUGGCUGUGGGUGCCCCAUGUCACCUGAUCCUUUCUCCUUGGCUGGCCAUGAUGUUGGGCCUUCUGGCUGGGCUGAUCUCCAUUGGAGGAGCCAAGUGCUUGCAAGUGUAUUUCAACCCUGUGCUGGGGAUUCAUGACACCUGCGGUGUGCACUACACCUUCGGCUUGCCGGGUCUGCUUGGAGGGAUCACCUACAAUGUGCUGAUGAUGCUUCAGGCCUCCUGGACCAAGAUUCCCAUGAUCAUCUACCAGAUGCUCAUCAACACUGGGGCACUCAGCUGGGCUGUGUCUAUGGGUGUGGCAUCUGGUCUCCUGACAGGUUUCCUUCUAAAUCUCAAAAUAUGGAAAGGACCUCAUGUAGCUAAGUAUUUUGACGACCAAGCUUACUGGGAGUUUCCUCAUCUGGCUGCUGGAUUUUAA